AUGGCCAGGGUUCAGCUGCUGCUGCUGUUGCUGUUCUUCAGGGGAUCCCUAAUCAAUGCUGGUGCCUGGACUGGAGAUGCCACCGAUUCUGACACUGAGGAUAACCUGCUACCCUCCCCAGAAAAGGGCUGGUGCUCCACAUGGGGAGCUGGCCACUUCUCUACCUUUGAUGGCCAUGAGUAUAAUUUCAAAGGGAUGUGCAAUUAUAUCUUUACGGCCACCUGUGGGGAUGCCAUGCCCACCUUUAGCAUCCAGUUGCGCAGAGAUAAGGAUGGGGACAUCUCCCGGAUCAUCAUGGAACUGGGGGCCUCUGUGGUUACCGUGAACAAAGAAACCAUCUCUGUCAGGGACAUUGGGGUUGUUAGCCUGCCCUACACCAGCAAUGGUCUCCAGAUCAUGCCAUACGGCCAGAGCGUGCGGCUGGUGGCCAAGCAGCUGGAGCUGGAGUUAGUCGUCAUGUGGGGUCCAGAUGCCCAUCUUAUGGUCCUGGUAGAGAAGAAGUACAUGGGCAAGCUAUGUGGAAUGUGUGGGAACUUCGAUGGAAACACUGACAACGAAUUCCUGAGCGAGGAUGGCAAACUUCUGGAACCCCACAAGUAUGCUGCACUCCAGAAGCUAGACGACCCAAAUGAGAUCUGUGCCCAUGAGGCCAUCUCCAGCCCCACCAUCCGAAAGACCAGAUAUGCCCAGAUCUGCAACCAGCUACUAACCCUAGUGUCCCCUGAGUGUGAUGUGCCUAAAGAGCCACUGGUGCUGAGCUGCCAGGCAGACAUGGCUGAGUGCGCCCAGCCAGGCCAGCAGAACUGCACCUGCGCCACACUGUCUGAAUACUCCCGUCGGUGCAGCAUGGCCAGCCAGCCUGUCCGCAACUGGAGGACCCCCGGACUCUGCCCCAUGAGCCAGUGCCCGGCUAACCAGGUGUACCAGGAGUGCGGUGAGGUCUGCGCCAAGACUUGCUCCAACCCACAGCACAGCUGCUCCAGCCUCUGCACCUUCGGCUGCUUCUGCCCCCAUGGUACACUGCUUGACGACAUAUCCAGAAACCACUCCUGCGUGCCAGUCAGCCAGUGCCCCUGCAUGCUCAACGGCAGGGUCUAUGGCCCUGGGGAGAUCACAAGGACAGCCUGCCAAACCUGCCAGUGUUCCAUGGGCCGCUGGGUGUGCACAAAGCAGCCAUGUCCUGGCCACUGCUCCCUAGAGGGUGGCUCCUUUGUCACCACAUUCGACGCCAGGCCCUACCGCUUCCACGGCACCUGCACCUACACUCUUCUCCAGAGCCCACAGCUUCCCGACGAAGGCACUCUCAUGGCUGUGUAUGACAAGUCAGGUUACUCACACUCAGAGACCUCCCUAGUGUCCAUCAUCUACCUGUCCAAGAAGGACAAAAUUGUGAUCUCAGAGGAUGAAAUGAUCACCAACAAUGGGGACACCAAGAUGCUGCCAUACAAGACACGAAACAUCACCAUCUUCAGGCAGACAUCCACCCACCUCCAGAUGGUCACCACCUUUGGGCUGGAACUUGUGGUCCACCUGCAACCUAUCUUCCAACUGUACAUCACAGUCGGGCCCCAGUUCAAAGGCCAGACUAGAGGGCUCUGCGGCAAUUUCAAUGGGGACACAACGGAUGAUUUCACAACCAGCCUGGGGAUCGACGAAGGCAUCGCCUCACUCUUUGUGGACUCCUGGCGUGCAGGGAACUGUCCACCUGCUCUAGAGCGUGAGACCGACCCCUGCUCCAUGAGUCAGCUCAACAAGGUGUGUGCGGAGUCGCACUGUUCCACGCUGCUGAGGAAGGGCGGCGUGUUUGAGAAGUGCCACGCUGUGGUGAACCCCCAGCCUUUCUACAAGAGAUGUGUGUACCAGGCCUGCAACUAUGAGGAGACCUUCCCUCACAUCUGUUCUGCACUGGGCACCUAUGCCCAUGCUUGCGCCUCCCGAGGCAUCCUGCUCUGGGGCUGGAGGAGCAGUGUGGACAACUGCACUGUGCCUUGCACUGGUAACCGCACGUUCAGCUACGAUAGCAAGGCCUGUGGCCGUACCUGCCUGUCUCUGUCGGACCGUGAGGCAGAGUGUCAUCCGAGUGCUGUGCCAGUGGAUGGCUGCAACUGCCCGGAGGGCACCUACUUGAACCACAAGGCAGAAUGUGUGCACAAGGCCCAGUGCCCCUGUCUGCAGGACAGCAACAAGUUCGUCCAGGCUGACCAGUCAACCAUGAUCAAUGGGGUCAUAUGCUACUGUGUCAAUGGGCGCCUGAGCUGCCCACGGCAGGCAGAGAUGUUCCUGGCAGCCUGCCCAGAACCCCAGACCUUCCAGUCCUGCAGCCAGUCAUCAGAGGACAAGUUUGGAGCUGCGUGUGCCCCCACAUGCCAGAUGCUGGCCACAGGCAUUGCCUGUGUGCCCACCAAGUGCGAAUCCGGCUGCGUCUGUCCCAAGGGCCUCUAUGAGAACAGCAAUGGGCAGUGCGUGCCUGCAGAGGAAUGCCCGUGUGACUUUGCAGGGGUGUCCUACCCUGGUGGUGCCGAGCUCCAUACUGACUGUAAGACCUGCACCUGCUCACAGGGAAAGUGGACCUGCCAGCUCAGCACACAAUGCCCAUCCACCUGCGUCCUCUAUGGUGAAGGCCACAUCAUAACUUUUGACGGACAGCGCUUUGUGUUUGAUGGCAACUGCGGGUACACCCUGGCCACGGACGACUGUGGUGCCAACAGCUCACAGCCUACCUUCAAGAUCCUGACAGAGAAUGUCAUCUGUGGAAAGUCCGGGGUCACCUGCUCCCGAGCCAUCAAGAUCUCCCUGGGUGGGCUAUCCAUAACAAUGGCAGACAGAAACUACACAGUCAGCGGGGAGGAGCCCCUCGUGCACCUCCAGGUGAAGCCCAGCCCCUUGAAUCUUGUCCUGGACAUAGACAUCCCCGGAAGGCUCAACCUGACACUUGUGUGGAACAAGCACAUGAGCGUCUCUGUCAAGAUCCGCCGCGCCACCCAGGAUGCCCUCUGUGGCUUGUGUGGCAACUCCAACGGGAACAUGAAGGAUGACUUCGAGACACGCAGCAAAUACGUGGCAUCCAGUGAACUGGAGUUUGUGAACUCAUGGAAGGAGAGCCCACUGUGCGGGGAUGCGAGUUACGUGGUGGAUCCCUGCAGCCUGAAUACCUUCCGGCGCUCCUGGGCCGAGCGCAAAUGCAGCCUCAUCAACAGCCAGACCUUUGCCGCCUGCCACAGCAAGGUCUACCACCUGCCCUACUACGAAGCCUGCGUGCGUGAUACCUGUGGGUGCGACAUGGGCGGAGACUGCGAGUGUCUGUGUGAUGCGGUGGCCGCCUAUGCCAAGGCCUGUCUGGACAAGGGCGUGUGUGUGGACUGGAGGACCCCAGACUUCUGUCCCGUCUACUGCGACUUCUACAACAUCCACACACUGGUGGGUGAGAAUGAAUACCAGUAUGCUCAGGAGGCCAACUGCACCUGGCACUACCAGCCCUGUCUCUGCCCUGGCAGCUUGGGAAGCUUCCCGGACACAAACAUUGAAGGCUGUUACAACUGUUCCCAGAACGAGUACUUCGACCACAAAGAAGGGACCUGUGUACCCUGUGCACCAGCCACUACCACCCUGCCGCCAACCACCACAGGUUCACAGACUACAACAAACCCCAUCAGCACUGAGUUCCAAAGUUCCAGCUCUGCAUCCACACCUGUUGGCCCCUCCGACUUGCCAGGUCUUCCGACUCCACCACCUUCAGCUCCAUCCUCCACUGAGGGAGUGACAUAUUGGACCACCCCCAAGAAACCCACAGUCUCCUCAGGAGAAUAUCCUCAAACCACUGUGGCUACCACACCAGUGUCAUCACCUUUGCCUCUUACAUCCAUACCGAAAUCAACACCCACAAGGCUCCCAGUGACACAGGCCACAACCAAGGCCACAGCAUCUUCCCCCAGCUCAUCCACAAAGACCACGGCUCAGUUGACAGAGAGUACUACAUUGACACCACUAACCUCAACAAUGCCUGGGACAUCCACCAGCCAAGGUGAAACCCACACUUCCUACACAACCCAGCAUGCUCCCACAACACUUCACCUCACUACAAUAUCCAACAGACCCUCCAUGGAGCAGCUCUGCUACUACCACUGGAAGCUUCUCAUCUUCUAUUCCAACAUCACCCUCCAAUCCGGUCUCCUCAACACCCACUCAUCCUGGUAA